AUCCGGAAAUACAGACAUCACAAAUCUGGAUCUUUCAGGGUAGCAAGAAAAACGUAAGGCGAAGGUCACAAUUCUCACAGGUGUCACGAGACAGGUGGAUGAAAGAUCUAAUGGCAAGACCCUUCAUUUUUCUGAAUCUCUGUCUGAGAAUCCACACGAGACAUAGUGGUCGAUAUUCAGCUGCCCCUCGGACCCCUUGAACUUCGGCCAAAGAUAUCUUGGAACAAUCAUUUCUAAUAAGGACUUUCAUCAUAAUUGUCUUCCAAGAUUUUCACUGAAUGCACCCAAAUUCAUCUGUGAUUUGGAAAUUCAUCAGUGCAUUUAACAUUGGCAGACGUCAUGAUUUAGAAGUCAAACAUUCAGCAUUAUUAUCAUUUUAAUUAAAAAGAAUUAACUUUCCAUUUAGCUUGUGAAAGACUAUCGAUUCUCAUCUUCAUCAUGGGUUGCUUUGGAACAAUUUUUGACACAAUUAAACUCCUUUUUACAAUGUUUUUCGAUCCUUUUCUGAGAUUGGCCCGAUGUCUAUGGCCGAAAUCUAGGAAAAGCAUCAAAGGGGAAAUAGUUCUCCUCACAGGGGCUGGACAUGGUUUAGGCAAAGAAGUCGCCAACAGAUUGGCGGAAUUGGGUCCAGUGCUGGUUCUCUGGGACAUCAACCAGGAAAACAAUGAGAGCGUGGCGUCGAAGCUCCGGGCGCAGGGCCGCACCGUCUUCUCCUACAAAGUGGACGUGACCAACGAGCAGGAGGUCAUCCAGACGGCGAACAGGGUGAAGCAGGAGGUCGGGGACGUUUCAAUCCUCAUCAACAAUGCAGGGGUGUUCUCCGGACAGCCCCUUUGCAAUUUGCCCAGCCAUAUUAUCAGGAGAUGCUUCGAAGUCAAUUCCAUGGCGCACUUCUGGACUCUGCAGCAGUUCCUCCCUCGAAUGAUCGAGCUGAAUCGUGGCCACGUGGUAGCUGUCGCUUCGAUUGCCGGACAUCAGGGAGUGCCCUACAUGACGGACUACUGUGCCUCCAAGUACGCUGCAGCGGGCAUGAUGGAAGCCCUCAACAUGGAACUGCAGUUCAUGGGCAAGAAGAACAUCCGACUCACCACCAUCAACCCCAUCAUCAUCACCACCGGGCUCAUCUCUAAUGUCAAAUCCAGGUUCCCUUGCUUAUUGCCUCUUCUGAGUGUGGAGGAGACGGCGGACGCGGUCACCCGGGCGAUCCUCAAAGAAGAGGAGGAAGUCUUCAUUCCAAAACGAAGCGAAUAUUUGAAAAAUCUAGUCGAAUGCUUCAGCAGAAGAACAAGAUUUAAGAUUCUGGAUUGGGUUGGUUACGGUUUCGACCCCGAUGUAAUAACCAAGCAACCAAAAAAGAAUGGUUCCGAAAUCGUCUGAAAAGGAACUGUAUUUCAGGGCAAUUCAUUCAUGAAAUGAUUUCCUAGAAUUCAUCGAAGAAUUGAAGAAAAGUCAUUUCCUAAGAAUGAAAUGUGAAGAAUUUUUGAAUUUUGAAUCCAAAGUAAUCUAUCUGAAUUUUGAAUUAAAUAUCGUCAAAGGCAGAAUGAAAAAUAAAUUCAGGACAAUGAAAUUCUUAUGUUCUAGAUAAAAUGAAUUCUAUUUUUAAAUUCAAAAUUUAGGGAAAAAGCACCUUAUUAUCUUUAUCUGUUUAAAGAAGGGAAUUUAUCUAUUAUUGAUACGAGUACAUUUAAA